AUGAAGAAUGGCGGUUCGCAAGGUGCCUCAGAAGUGGUUAGUGAACCAACUGUGAAUGGUGUCGCCAACGACAGCUGGCAAGUACCGGACGCCGAUACAUCGUCGGGAGAGUCGGAGAAUUCCGAGUCCAUGUUUGAAGUUCUUCGACCUGGCGGAGUUGGACUUGACAAUGAUAGCGAGCAAAGAGAAGACGGUGUUACUGGAGACUUGAACGGAACACUGAUGAGAACGCUUGUCUCCAAUGGGAACGAUGCGCUGAAGUUACUGUUUCAAGCUGCUCUCGAAAAUAAGCACGGAAACUCACCAGCCGAACUUUCCACUAUCAAUACAGCCCCUCAGACUGUGAUCGAUCUUUCCACUCCGAAAAAGGCACCCUCUGUAGCAGCAAAGGCUAGCGAACUUCCGGUGCCCUCUUCCAAGACGCUCAAAAUGUGGAAUGCAUUCCGUUUUACGAAAAUGGGAUGGUUUUCAUCUGAAGAAGCGGUUACUUACAUGGACCUAUUCUUCAAACAUUUAGCGCCACUGUCAUUAGUCUCGAGGAACUUCAACCCGAGCCAUGACGCGCACUAUAACCUGAUUACCCAGGAGCCACUUCUUUGCUGCGUGAUACUCUUGAUUUCUUCAAGAUACCACGUGCUUCCAGGGACAGGUGGAAUUGCAAGAAGCACUUUAAUCCACCAAAGACUGUGGGAGCAUUGCCAACACCUCAUUCUGAGAAUAAUAUUUGGCCAGGAGAAACGAUCAAAGGCCAAGACUCGUACAAUAGGCUCCAUUCAGGCAUUGCUUCUGAUGGUAGAGUGGCACUCGCGAGCUAUAUACUUUCCACCAGGUGCUGAUGGAUGGGACUCGUCGAUGCUGCUAACUGAAGACGACCCAAGAGACACUGAACACAGUAACCGAGCGGACAAAACGGACGAGAUCAAUGUGAAAUGGUUUCAAGAUAUCGUUGCUCCCGCCAAAACAUCAGACCGCAUGUCCUGGAUGCUUCUUGGCUGCGCGCAGUCCCUAUCUCUCGAGUUAGGGCUUUUCAACAUGAGCGGGCCAGAACACGCUACUACAACCCCCACAGACUCUAGGCUACACCCGGAGUCUCUCUACCAACUGCUUUACAUUUUGGUAGAACAACACUCAAACCGACUCGGCUGCGCCUCGAUGAUACCGGCGGAGUUUACCCCAGUGCUCUCUCAACAAUAUCGUCUUGGCGAUGAUUCCAGUAUUUUGUCGUCUUGGCUAGAUUUGACAAACCUCUCGCGAACAGUGAAUGACGUCUUGUUUCCAUCACCAAUGGCAACAAGAGAACUACUCAGGAAUGGUCGCUAUACGACGAUCGUGCGUCGUUUCAGGCAUCAACUCCGUACCUGGAGGUACACAUAUAUAGAACCAGCUAGUAAGUUCGCUGUGCCACUCCUCAUUUCAACCCUGCCUGGCCUGACUAUUUGCAACUCAGAUCUUCCAGCACACUAUCAAGAAGAGCUUUUGAUUGAGUACAACUACACACGCAUCUUCAUGAAUUCUCUGGGGAUCCAAGGAGUCAUCGACCGCGCAUUAGGCGACGUAAGGCCGGCAUCAGCACAGGCAAACGCUGCCAUUUUUAAUAUGCCUGUUAAUGCUGUCGAAUCCGAGUUCAUUAAAGAAGUCAUUGAUGGCUCAUGCGAAACCCUUACCUCUAUGAAUAGGCUUUAUGAAGCUGGAACGUUACGGUUUUGCCCUGUGCGCAUAUUCUUGCGCGCUAUCACUGCUUCAAUACUUUUAUUGAAGGCACUUAGCUUGGGGACAAGGAUAACAGAACUGCAGGCAUCACUAGCUGUUUUGGAAACAAGCAUAAAUGUUUUGAAGGCUGGUACGUUGGACGACAUGCAUAUUGCCUCGAGGUAUGGAUCGCUUCUAGAGGCAUACGUCACGAGGUUUCGUCAAGGAAUGGGCCCCCCUACCAAUCCGAGAGACUUGUCAUCAUUUCCAUCAUUUGUAGAGUGGAACGAUGGCGAGGUCGGAGCUCUCAGCGGUGCAACAACCAACGAUCUUUGCUUCCCACCAGGGGACUGGCUUUCUCUGCCACUGGACAGGAGCCUAGCUCCCUUCGGACCAUGGGGAAGCUCCUCUGAUAUCCUUGACCCAGAAGAUCACGCUUGGGAUAUUCUUUGGAGCCUGCCGAGCGUUCCUUAG